CCCAGCCCCAGUAGCCCCAUCGGCCCCCAGCAGCUGAAAUGUUCCCCAAUGGCACUGCCUCCUCUCCUUCCUCUCCUAGCCCCAGCCCGGGCAGCUGCGGCGAAGGCGGCGGCAGCAGGGGCCCUGGGGCCGGCGCUGCGGACGGCAUGGAGGAGCCUGGGCGAAACGCGUCCCAGAACGGGACCUUGAGCGAGGGCCAGGGCAGCGCCAUCCUCAUCUCUUUCAUCUACUCCGUGGUGUGCUUGGUGGGGCUGUGUGGUAACUCCAUGGUCAUCUACGUGAUCCUGCGCUAUGCCAAAAUGAAGACGGCCACCAACAUCUACAUCCUGAACCUGGCCAUCGCCGAUGAGCUGCUCAUGCUCAGUGUGCCAUUCCUGGUCACCUCCACGUUGCUUCGCCACUGGCCCUUCGGCGCGCUGCUCUGCCGCCUCGUGCUCAGCGUGGACGCAGUCAACAUGUUCACCAGCAUCUACUGUCUGACUGUGCUUAGCGUGGACCGGUACGUGGCCGUGGUGCACCCCAUCAAGGCAGCACGCUACCGCCGGCCCACUGUGGCCAAGGUGGUGAAUCUGGGCGUGUGGGUGCUAUCGCUGCUUGUCAUUCUGCCCAUUGUGGUCUUCUCGCGCACAGCGGCCAACAGUGAUGGCACGGUGGCCUGCAACAUGCUCAUGCCUGAACCCGCUCAGCGCUGGCUAGUGGGCUUCGUGUUGUACACAUUUCUCAUGGGCUUCCUGCUGCCCGUCGGGGCCAUCUGCCUGUGCUACGUGCUCAUCAUCGCCAAAAUGCGCAUGGUGGCCCUCAAGGCCGGCUGGCAGCAGCGCAAGCGCUCGGAGCGCAAGAUCACCCUGAUGGUGAUGAUGGUGGUGAUGGUGUUUGUCAUCUGCUGGAUGCCUUUCUAUGUAGUGCAGCUGGUCAACGUGUUUGCGGAGCAGGACGACGCCACGGUGAGCCAACUGUCGGUCAUCCUCGGCUACGCCAACAGCUGCGCCAAUCCCAUCCUCUAUGGCUUCCUUUCGGACAACUUCAAGCGCUCUUUCCAGCGCAUCCUGUGCCUCAGCUGGAUGGACAACGCCGCCGAGGAGCCUGUCGACUACUACGCUACCGCCCUCAAGAGCCGCGCUUACAGCGUGGAGGACUUCCAGCCGGAGAACCUAGAGUCCGGAGGCGGUGUCUUCCGUAAUGGCACCUGCACGUCUCGGAUCACGACUCUCUGAGCCUUGGCCACGCAAGGGCCCUGCGCAAGGCAGGAGGAGGAAGAUGAGGAGGAAGGGAGGCCGGGUGCGAGAGGUGCAGAUCAUGAACUCAUAAACGUCGUCAACUCAGCCUGACCCUCAGCCCGGCCAGCGGUUAUUUUUGUUUAAGCUGAGCCGCAGUUACCGCCACGGGUUUCCCACGGGGUGAGUCCCCAGCUCGCCCUCCGCCCCGCCCUGCCGCGCCCCUCCGCUCGCCAGAUUUUGCCUGGUGCCCCUAGCGGAGUAUGGAGAAUCACCUCUCUCCCUUUGCUCAGCUCUAUUUGAAAGAAGUAGGACUCGGGAAUGAACUAGGCGGUUGGUCUUUUCUCCUACUCUCGGGUGAAGUCGUGCCCUUCCCGGAACCCCAUCACCACUCCCAUUCCACCCAGGGCGGAGCCAGGUGCUUAGUAAAAUCGGUCCCGCGCUCCGAACCCCAGGCAUUCUGCAGUCCCCAUCCAAACCCCCUUUGGAGCAAAAAAGGAACUGAACGAGCGACCCAGGAGUUUCUAGAAGAUUCCGGGGUUUGGCGGAGAGGGGGUUGUAAUAGAAACCACCCUCUUUCCCGGCUCAAACUAGCGCUUUUGAUUUCAAAGACCAAGUGCUGGGCACUCCCGGGACAACAACGCUGGUCUGAGUUGGCCUGGCAGGGCAGGGCGUGCUUUCUCGGGGGCCGCCCGGGAGUCUGCAGCUACACUACGAUUGCUCCCUCACCUAAGCCUCUGGCCGUGCAGAUGCGGAGCAACCACAGACUCGGUUUCCUGCCCGGGUUUAUCUCGAAGACCAGGCACCGGGCCAGGACCUCGGUGGCGCCUUGUGAGCCUUGGCCAAUCGCGAGCGCGUUGCUGCCGCCCGCAGGCUAAAGAGUGAGGCCUGCCCGGCCCUUGAAGGUUGCUGCCUUUCAAGCGGUGCCUAAUAAGUUAUUUCUUGCUUAACAUAUUUAUUUAUUUAUUUGUGAUGUUUGAGAAGGUGUCUCUGCUUUGCUUUUCUUUACUUGCCUAGCCUAGGGCCUCUCCUUCAGGAUACUGGGGGUGGGAUUGGAGGUGGCAGUGGGGGGAAGUUUUCUCCCCAAGGACCUCUCAAAACCUCUCCUCUCUGUUGGGCCCUCUUUUCUUAUCCUUCUAUUUUUGCUUGUGUUCAGUGAAGUUUGGAGAUUCUUUUAUACUUUUUCUUAUGUAGUCUCUUGUUUGUCUUAAUAAUAAAUAAAUAAAUAAAUAAAUAAUAACGUGGGUGAGCCACCUCCCUCCCGUGCAGAGUGGAAUGUCCUGAACUCCUUUCAACAUCACCCUAUGUAUGAUUUUAUUUAUAUUUUUUACAUAUUACGUCUAUUGAUCUUGCUCCACUGUCAUGAGUCCAUGAAACAAUGUGAGGCUGGCAGGAGCUCUUUCAGAUAUGGGUGUUCAAGCAGCGCUCAGCUCACUCUGGAGCCGAGAAAUCUGAUGCACACAGAUUUUAGUCGGUGCUGAGAAUGUCCCUGUUUAUGUCCCUGCAUCUUCUAGGUUCCAGCAUAGACGAUUCUAAUAGACAAUCUAGUUAACAUUGUCACUUCUUUUGAACACAUUGAAAGUAGAAUAAUUUGUGUCUGUGUUUAAUCUUAACAAUUACAUUGGAAGCCUGAUCAGGGCAAGGACCAAUAAUUUUACUUCUUUGUAUUUCCUGUAUUGCUUUAGUAUGCUGGCAUGUACAUAGUAGGCACUAAAUACAUGUUUGUUGGUUGACUGUUUAAGUAAGCCAGGGUGUGCUACAACCACUGGGAGCUGCUAAGUCGGGGGCUCUUCGUUCUCUCAUUGACAUGACACACAAUGGUUGAAAUCAUGGGAAAAGAUGUUUUGUGUAAUACUUGCUUCAAGAACAUUGUGCUUUCCUGAAAGCAGUAACCAAGAGUUAAAAUGUCUCUAACGUUUUGUUUAAACUAAGGAACAAAUAUAUGCUUUUGGUUAUACAUCAUAAAGUUGAGAUCUGUCCCUUGAUAAUAAUAUAUAUUAUUACUCCUUUGGAAAAUAGAUUUUUAAUGGUUAAGAACAAUGAAAUUUACAAAUCUUAAACAUUAUCCUCUUAAGAGGAUACAAAUCUAGUGUUCUUACCCUGUUACCGUUGUAAUAUGAACGAAAUAAACAAAUGUAUUAUGUUG